GAUUCAUGCCCGGGGAAAUUAAGUUUGGCGCGCAGGCAUGUCAGCGGAGUAUCAUAAUGUCGAGCUUCGUAUGUUUGAUGAGGCCCAGUUCACUUGUCGAACGCUUGGAACUGGGUUGACAGUUGGAUUGAGAAACUCCAAAGUGAUUUCUGUUCGUAGGGAUAAUGAAACUGUUAAGGAAAUCCAUAUUUCUUCUUUGUCAAACAUAUAUCGUUUCUCACAAAAAACAGUAGCUGUUUGUACGAAAAAAUGCGUUGGGGACGCGGUUUUCACAACGUAUUUGUUGGGGUUUGAUUCUCCAGGGGAUGUCCGUGGCUUUUUAAAUUCUUCCGAUCUACUGAAACCGCUAUGUAACGAGAACAAGAAGGAGACCCGAACUUCCAUUUUUGAUAGGCGCACUGACUCUUGGUCUGCAGUACAGUAUUUUCAAUUCUACAGUUACAUCAGUCAGCAACAAAAUAUGAUGCAGGACUAUAUUCGCACUUCAACCUACCAAAAAGCUAUUCUCGCAAAUGCUUCCGCUGACUUUCGCGGAAAAGUGGUACUGGAUGUUGGGGCUGGCUCAGGAAUUUUGAGCUUCUUCGCAAUCCAAGCUGGUGCAACAAGGGUUUAUGCUGUUGAAGCAUCUAAUAUGGCUACUCACUGUAAUAGUCUAGUUCAAGCAAAUAAAUUGGCGGGACGCAUUGUUGUCAUCAGUGGGAAAAUAGAAGAAAUCACUUUGCCCGAACCAGUGGAUGUCAUUAUAUCUGAGCCAAUGGGCUAUAUGUUAUACAACGAGCGAAUGUUAGAAUCGUAUGUUCAUGCAAGAAAGUUCCUAGCUCCACAUCUUCGACAACCGAUAAAAAAGAAGCAGAACAGACGUGAGCGUGAGCGACUUGAUGAAGAUGAUCAAUCACCAUAUGUCAAACAGUUGUCAGAUUCUGAGCAUUCUGAUGAAGUAUUAACUGAUGAGUUGGACUGUGAAGAUAUUGAUAUAGAGGAUCAGGUACAUGAUGGUGCGACAAAAUUAUCUAAUAAGUCAUUACCUUGUCCCGGAAUAAUGUUCCCGUCUGUAGCAAAUUUGUAUAUUGUCCCAUUUAGUGAUGAGGCACUCUUCGCUGAACAGUACGGGAAAGCUAACUUUUGGUAUCAACAGAGUUUUCAUGGCAUGGAUCUAACUGCUCUACGUAAUGCUGCCGUUACGGAAUACUUCAAUCAACCUAUAGUCGACACUUUUGAUAUUGGCAUUUGUCCAGCACUACCAUGUAUACACAAAGUGGAUUUCCGUACUGUAUCCGAAUCCGAACUAAGUUCAAUCGAUAUUCCUCUAAAUUAUCAAAUCACAACCUGUUCCACAAUCCAUGGUCUUGCAUUUUGGUUUGAUGUUGGUUUCUUAGGUUCUCAGCGAGAUGUUUGGUUGUCAACUGCACCAACUGAACCACUUACUCAUUGGUAUCAGGUGCGUUGUCUUUUGGGAACACCAUUAUUCGUUCAAGAAGGUCAGUCACUUAGUGGACGUGUUGUUAUGCAUGCUAAUUCUAGACAAUCCUAUGAUGUUCAAAUCGAGCUGAUAGUUCCUGGUAGUGAAACAAAGAUUGUCAAUAGUUUAGAUUUGAAAAAUCCACACUUUCGAUACAAUGGAUAUCCUCCAGCACCACCACCUGGUUCACAUGUUCGUUCACCGACGGAAACAUAUUAUGCUAACCUGUGCGCACAACAGCAACAACAACAACAAAUGGAGAUGCAACCACAAACUAUGGUCAAUAAUGGUAAUCCUAUAUCAUUGGCUGCAGCGGCGGCUGCGGUUGUCGGUGGCGUUGGUAUGCCUAAUAACAAUAGUGGACAAAUAAAUUAUCGAAAUAGUCCUGUUUAUACAAUGAAUCAAGCGACUGGAUUUCUUGCUGCCACUGGUUCAAUUCCAAAUGUUGUUCAAACAAUCCCUUUAGCAGUUGCCAACGAUAAUCUAUUACAAAAUCAAUCACAUUCUAUGCAAUUAUCUCCUCAACCAGUUAAUCAAUCUUCACUAGAAUUCGGUCGUUUUAUAACGUCAAAUAAUUCUCAGAUUGCUUCUUCAAUGCUUAGAUCAGUAAACAUUCCUUCAGCUACUCCCGUUAUUGAACCUUUGACAAAUGUUUCUGGUAGUGGAAUUCCUACAAAUGAGUCUGUGUACUACAACCCUGUUAUUAGUUCGAAUUUUGGAGACACCUGUUUCGCGAUGAAUAAUGUGGUUAAUCCUAGCAAAAACUGGAAUUCAGGUAUCUACUCUAAAACAAUAUAUUUUUUAAAUUCAACUUAGUAUUGUCUGUAGCAAGUGGCUAUCAGGACUCAGUGGCCGAGUGGAUAACGCGAUCGCGUUUGAAGUGAGGGUACUGGGUUCGAGUCCCAGAGUGGACAUCAACACUGAGAUGCAGGCACAUCCAGCUGACGAGUCCCAAAUAGGACGAAACGCGCGUCCUGGAUUCCACUGCUAGCCAUUAUCCAUCUCUGCUAAUAUAUUUAUUGUUGUAUUUUUAUGUUAUUGCCUACUUAUACGUUUAGUGGUAGCUAAAUAUAAUCUGUCUUUUCAAGUCAUUGUCUCCUGGUUUGUUCUGUGUAGGCAGGUACUGGAUUCCUGAUUCGUAUUCGCAAAAAUAGGAUUAUUAGGGAUUUAAAAAAAAACAUGAACUGUAAGCGGUCGAAGUAACUAGUCAAUUUUUGUACAUUUAGCAAGGUUGUUGGAAGUUAUUGAUAGUUAGCUCUUACCUGGUGUUUGAGCAGCUGUGACCUAUUCAUAUUGUGUGUGUGUUGACCAUUAAUCUUCAUCAUUUACCGGUUAAUGUACAUACAUAUUGUAGAUUUUAUUUCAUUCAUAUUUAAAUAAUCAGUGCAGUCAAUUAUUUCUCUUUGCUAACUGAACUUUGAUAGUUUUAUUGUUUGUUUAUCCAUGGACUUUGACUCUUUAAUAAAGAGGCUUUAAUGAUAAGAAAAACUAUUAAAAAUAAAAUACUAACCUAGAGUUCCUUUUUGAUAAGGAUGAUGCCAUCUUGUUUUGUAUUUUCAUAUCUUACAUUUUUCAUUCAAUAUUUUCACAUAGUUCGGAAGGGUUAUUCUUGUCUUCAAAGCAUUGCUCGUAUAUCCUGGGACCAGCGAUUAAGUAAUGCAGUUGUUAGGAAACGAGUAAUUGGCAAGGAUGGCAAAUCGAUUGAUAAAAUAAUGAAACUUCAUCAGUUGAGAUGACUGGGAUACGUGUUACAUAUGCCCAAUCACUGACUGCGCCGACAUGCGAUGUUUUAAGGUGUAGGAGUAGGUUGGAAGAAAGCUAUGGGCGGCCAGACCAAAACGUGGCACAAAUCAAUGAAGUCACUGACAAGUGGACUGAGCCAUGUUGGUAGGUGUAGACUACCUGUUUGGGAUGCGCGAGAUGAUAGCGAUCGACCUUGAAUGUCAUGUCUCAAAAUCGUUUGCAAAACCUAAGCUGCAUCCACUCUUUGUGUUCUACCAAAUUCUAAUUCUCUGAAUUCCUCAUGCCCCUAUCUUUUUUCUCUUUUCAAAUUUAUUUCACUGUAUUAUACUCCUUCAAUAACAUCUUCAAACCCUAAUCUUUCACAUAAUGCUUAUACUUUUACUCCUUCUACCACUAUGGGAUAUGAAUCGGUAGCUGCAUCUGUGUGUUAUUGUGGUAUGGCAGCUCGAACUGAUGUACGUACAUACAGAGUUCUACGUUGUAACUGACUGAUAUUCUUGACCAACCUUCUUGCUCAAUUUUUUCUCUUCUCUUUUUCGAUAGGAAUACAUCAAGAGUAAUUCGGACCUCUUUAUUACCGUUAUAGUCGGCGGUUAUGAUUCUAUAUAUGUAAGGAUUAAUUAUUAUAUAAUCGUUCGUUGUAUGUACACAGUAAAACAAUAUCUUUUUAAUAUCUAUCUAUAUAUAAACCUUUUGCAUUUUCGUAAAGUAUUCUAAUGUUUUGAUGGAAAUUGUUUUUUUUUAUUGUGCAUCUAUUUAUCAUAUUCCAAUCUUAUGUGUUCUAUGUAAAAGUAAAAAAUAAGGACAAUUAUAUUGUUUAUGCUUCUAUCUCAUUCACUUUACCACAUAUACGCACUCAAACUGAUUCACGCACAGUCAGUCAUUAUAGGUAACAUAUUCUCAUUGUUCUUUAUCAUCAUUCACACUCUAUAUUAUCUAUGAAAUUCUUGGUGAAACAAUUGUGAAAGGAUAAUGAUUACAAGAAACGAGGCCGAAAAAAAACACUUUCUUAUUUCACUCUUAAUCUUUAUGUGCGCGGUCAAUCAAGAUGAUCACCUCUGUUUAUCAACUAUAUUGUUGUGUUUGUGUAUAUUUGCACAGAUCGGAAUGACAGGUGAAUUCAAUGAAUACUCAAUCUUAACAUGAGUGUUGCCUAUAAGAAUAAAAGAAGUUCUUGUUAACUAUGAAUUAAUGGAGCUUGUUUCUUUUUUCUUCUUGUGUUAUAUCGCUUGGAACAAUUUUUCUCUCACUACUGUAGCUGGUAUUCGUUUUUUUUCGUUACUAGUCAAUCUCUUUCUAAUGUACCAUUUUGAUAUAUGCAAGCAUUCAUAUCUAUACAUAUACAUACUCAUUUUAUUCCGGUCAAUGUAAAAAAACAACACUUGAAAAAAAUGUUGUAUUUAUUCA